UCCAGCUCUCUCAGCUGGAGGUGAGGGGGGGGGAGCGGCGGCGUUUCCUCUCCGCUGGCAGGACUUUCCCUGGACGGCGUCCUGAUGCGAGCAGGACUCUGUCGGACUGCGCCGUGAUGGACGGCGGCGUUGUGGCUCUGGAGCUGCUGGGGGUUCUGGUCCUGGGGGGGGCCUGGCUGUGCUCCCUGGCCACCACCCUCAUGUCCACCUGGCUGACCAUGUGUCCGGACCUGCUGCCCACCGUCACCUUCGAGCUGGGUCUGUGGGAGGCCUGCGUGAUCCACGAGGGGGGCACCCAGGGCUGCCAGCCCCACAGCAGCCUCCUGGGUCUGCCCCCGGACAUCCAGCUGGCCCGGAUCCUCAUGUGCCUGUCUCUGGCGGCCGGGCUGCUGGCCCUGCUGGUGGCGGUGCCCGGCAUGACGGGGGUGAAGAGCUGCGGCGAGCGGCUCCGGUGGAAGCGCGCCCUGCGGACGGCGGGCGGGGCGCUGGGGCUGGCUGCGGGGGUCCUGGGGCUGGCCCCCGUGUCCUACGUGGCCCACCUGACCGUGGAGCGCUUCUUUGACGAGUCGGUGCCGGAGGUGAUGCCGCGCUGGGAGUUCGGAGACGCCAUGUUCUGCGGGUGGACGGCCGGCGUUCUGCACCUGCUGGCGGGAACGCUGCUGCUGGCGUCCGGACGGUGCGCGGGGGGGGACGACUGGAGCCGGCCGGCCCCAGUCAGCGCCGGGUACCCCAAGACCAGGACCGGCACCGGAACCAGGACCGGAACCAGGACCAGCACCAGAUCUGAAUGUGACUGAAGACGGCAGCAUUUACAGUCAGAUGGAAAAGCACCUCAGUCAACUAAACCUAGAUUCAAACUGAAGUGAGUUGAAGGUUUUAACAGAAGGUCAGAGUUCACGGAGGACUGAACCUGUCAAACACACACACACAGAAAAACGGCUUCAGACGUUCAGUUCUGUUCCAUUCAUUUCUCUAGUUUGUCCUGAUUUACAUGUUCCCUUAUUUAAUUUUUUAUUCCUGUUACUUUCUAUUUACAUUUUCUUCAUCUCUUUUCUUGUUUAUUUCUAUAUUUCAUUUUCAUCUGACUUCUUAUUCAUUUAUUGUCUUUUGUUUUUUAUUCAUUGUCAUAUUUACCUCUUCAGUAUUCCCCCUUUUACAUUUUCUUCCUCUAUUCAUUUCUGUAUGGAGUCUGACGAAAAACUAAAUAGAAAGCAACACAAAAAUAAAUGCAGGGGUAAAAAUUACAGAAGAAAAAAUAUAAACAAGGAUGAAAUAGAGAAAUAAAUGGUACGGAAAUGAACUUAUCACACUGUAAAAAAA